UAGUUUAUUUAUUUAUCAGAUAACGUUUGAAAUGAAAAUGAUAGCCUAUAACACAACAUUAUCUCAAGACUUAAAAUGAUAGAGAUUUCCAAAAAUGCAAACUAUAAAUAUACACAUAGUUGGCUCUGGCGUCACAAAAAGAUCGUUUGUUUAUUGCUCAUUUCUCUGGUGCAGUCCUAAGCUUUUCUCUUCACCCUGACCCGGCGGAGGGUUAAUACGGGAUUUUAUUCACCACUUUGCGACCCUGAAAAGACUUUUCUUCUCUCUUCUCUCAGUUCUGUCCAUUGUCUCUGUGGUGAAUGAAGGCCUUUCCUGUUGCUUGGCAACCGCGCGCGUGCACAAACUGUGCGGGCUGGAAACUGAAGUAUGUCGCGUCACAUAAUAGGAGAGUAAAUGUGUUAACGUGACCACAUCGCGCUUGUUGCCUCAUAAAUAAUUAAAUGACGUUGAUGGCUCAACUUUCUGCGCUUUAGCAGUGAAUACAUAUUGAGUGAUGACUGACAUAAAGUUGCUCAAACUUCCUUCAGGUGAGGGAGAAUUCUUACAAGCGCAGGGAGGGUCGCAGACAGUUUGCUCCAGCAGGCGACGCAGCUGUGCUCUGGUUAACACUCCCACUCCAUGUGUGAGGAAAGCGGUGUGUCACAUCCAAGAGCUGAAGACGAAACUGGAAGACUGGGGCCAAAAGGGUGGUAAUGCUCAGCAUGACACUGAGAAUGAAAACAACCACAGUCACGUUUGGAAAUGUGUACCAUCUAGUGAUGGUAGAGAUGAGGACGUCACAGCAGAAGUGUGUAUUGAAGGCUUGGGGCUUUGUGCUGAAGGGAGUGAGCUGUUGACUCCACGUUGGAAGAAAACUGUGGAUGUUUUGUCAGAGGUGACGUGUUUGAUCGAGCGUCUUGAGCUGGACCGGAGAGAUGCAGAGAAGGCCCUGCUGGAGGAGAAGGAGAAAGCGAAGAAACUUUUAAAGAAACAAGACGGUCUCGCUCACUGGAAGCAGCAUGAGUUUCCUAUUGCAAUGCAGAAAGAGCGUGACGCCUGCUGUCCAGACAUCGCUGAGCUGACGUGGCAACUGAAAAUAAGGAGAGAUCAGCAGCCGCAGGUGAGAGACAGGCUGACCCGCGCGGAGGUGCUGAACCGUCGUCUGAAUGAGGAUAUUGAUUUCAUGAGGGAACACGGGCCGCUUGUGGAGGAGAGACUCCAGAUGGAGGAGGAAAUCAUGAAGCACAUCCGAACAACAGAAAGUCAGACCAGCGAGACACUUACGGAUGUUUCCCAAGAGCUGGAAGAUUUUCAGUUGGAGUUCAAAGAGGAGCAGAUCAGAGCCGACACAGAGAAACACAAAACCAACAAACACAUCCAAACAUUAAAAAAUCAUCUGAGUGACAAACUGAGUGAGUUACACCAGCUGCAGUCACAGUGUGAGAUUUUUCACAGAAGCAUUAAAAAGUCUCAAGAAAAAGUAAGAUUGAGAGACAGCCAAAUCACAGCCGUGCUGCAAGAGAUCCGCCAGUUUGAGAGGCAGCGAGCAGACAGAAAUGAUGCCGUCAUGACAUUAAAAGAAAAAAUUGAGGAUGAAGAAGAGAUAUUCACCAAAAGAAAGCAGCAACUAUUACAACUUCAGACGCAAAUACAAACCACCAAAGGUGAAGGUGACGAGAAGGUCUCUGAAUGGAAUGCACUCUUGGGUCAAAAGCGACGAGAUUUAUUGGCCCUGCGAGCUGAAAAGGAAGAUCGCACACUGGAAAUAGAAGAUUACAAGAAAAAGAUUUGCCAAAGUGAACACGCUGCGAAACAGCUGCAGAAAGACCGGAAACGCUUGAUGCUGAAGAUCAACAUGAACGAGGAGCAGAGAAAACAGGCCGAAGACCAACUGGAGCGGGUGUCUGAUGACCACGCGUGCACCAAAACUGAGCAGGACCACCUGGAGCGACUGACGUAUCUGGACGAGCUCGGGAACAGGAAACAAACAGAAGUGAUGAAGAUACAGAUAGCGUAUGAAAUGAAGACUUUCCAUAUUCUCAAGGGAGAUAUCGUCACUGUCGCAGCAGAAUUGAGUCGUGAACAAACACAAUGUGAGCGAGAGAAGAUCGAGCUACACAAGAAGUUUGAAGACGCUUCAUCUACAACCGCUCAGCUGGAGGCAAAGAUGGAGAAACUGAGACAGAACUAUACAGAGAAAUCACAGACGAUUGAAAGCCUAAAAGCAAAACUAUGUGAUGUGCACGUCGCACAUGAACACCUCUCAGAUGAGUUUGAAAAGAAGAAGGGAGAACACCAGACACGUCUAAAAUCCGUGAAGGAAAGUUUUCAUGUGGUGUUCUUGAGGUCUGAGAAGAUGUCAAACAGGAUCAAGGAGCUUCGAGUGAAGUCUGAAGGCUUAAGGAAAGCUUCAGACACGAUGGAGAAAACCGCCAGCGCUGUGCCAGAUAUCAUAGAGGAGCUGAAGAGUCUGUUAGAGACUGCAGCAUUCAAACAUGGAACAGCCACGGUGGUUAUGGGUAACUUACACAAGGACGUGACUUCCUGUGAAGAGAGGAAGUGUCGACGCGUGCAGGUUCACUCGGUUCUGUUUACUCAGCGCCGGGCCGUCAUGAAGGACAUAGAGGCACAUCUACAGAAAGCACUUCAAGACAACCUGGUGUUAGCACAAGAAUACACAACGCUACAGAAAGCUUUAAUGAUAGCCAGACAAGAGGCCGUGUGUGUUUUUGACAAAAGAAACGCAGCAGACGCCUCCAUCCAAGACCACGAGCAGCUUUCUUUGUUGCAGAAGAGGAUGCACAAAGCCAUGCUGAAAUACUUCAAACGGCGCAGCGUCUACAGGCAGGCAGAGCUGGCCCGCUUCCAGGCCCUCUCCAACCAGAACAACCAGAAAAUGAAAGCCCUCCAGGAGGAGCUGUCAAACGCAAUCCACCGCCUCUCCAGCUUCCCGCUCGCCCCGACAGACGACGCGACACGACCGGCAGCCGGACAGACGCCCACAGUUCAGAUGUAGUGAAGACACUCACCUGCACCCGACGACUCACUUAAAGCCCCAGCAUGCUUCACUCUCUCCUCUAUCCAACGCUCAUCGCCCAAUCCAUAACAAUGAAACAGGUGACUUUCAUGGUGCUGUCAGGAAUGAUCUAAUUUUAGCGGGGUGAAUGAUUGCAAUUGGCUUUGCCUCAUCAGAUAAUUAAUCUAUGUCACCAUUAAUUGGAAAAGAGAAUAAUUAGGGGGCCGUGUUGACAGAAAUUCUCCGCUUCUCUAGAUUCUGGGAUCUCAUUACACCUACUUAAACUCCUCUGACCUUAACCAGCGGAUAGUAUACCUGCGUAACCCUAUAACCAGACUGGGGUCGGUCUCCGCCCCGCACGCCGCGCCUCGCUCUCGUCUCCUUUUCUUGCUUGUUUGUGCUUUUCUUCCCUCUCCUCUCAGAGAGCUGUCGUCCUCAAUCACUUUUCAAUAUUCAAUCUUAAUUUUGUGGAAGUUUAGCAUUUUCAAUGAGCUGGAGAUGAAUGAUUAAUGAAUAAAUUUGAAUGCUUCAUUUUGUCCGUGGAUCAUUAGUCAAGUCCUUUGUGGGAAGGACCUGCGAAAAAAAAGAGGGAAAAUUAUUGAGACAUUAGCCUGAAGCAAUCCAGGGGUAAAUAGUAUGCACAGAGGGAUGUUGUAUGAACGCUACCCACUGGCGUUCCGCGCAACCCCACGGAAACGCAAGCCUUCUAAUUUACCCCGCUUCACGAGUCUGAUGUGCUCCGGCGACAAAUAGGUUUCAUUUACAAAAAUGAGUUUUCAUUUUGCUCUCGUGGUAUGUGCGUCUUUAUGUUUUUGUUAUCUGUGCUUUUAACCCGU